AUGCCUGUCAAACUGGCGUCGAGCGUUCAGGCAACUUUGGAGUCGCUGAAAGCGGCCCGAAGAAGUAAUUCAGGAGUCUCAACUGCAUCAGAUCUAUCAGUUUCUUCAACUGCUCUUUCUCAACUUAUCACCACAAUUGAUAAUGGAAAAAGUGCAGUUGUCGUGGAAGUUGGAAGCAAACUCACCAAAAUUGGAUGUGCUGGCGAAAUAAAUCCCCGGCAUGUAAUCCGAACGGAAUAUACUGAAGAAUCAGGAGAGGUGAUAAAAUCUGACGAGAUACUCGCGUUGAAUGACCGGAAAAGUGCUUUGAAACCUAUCGAGUAUUAUGAAGAUCUUCUUCACAAAUUCCUGAGAAUCGCUUUCUUGAAAGUCCUCGCACCAUCGGAUCGGCCCGUUAUUGUCGUAGAAAGUAUGUUCAUGUCAGAAGAUCUCCGAAAUGCGAUGACUAAGGUGAUUGUCGAAAAACUCCGAUGCAAAUCAUUGAUGUUCAUGCCAUCCCAUGUUUGUUCUACAUUCCCAUUCAAUACACAAAAUGCUUUUGUCGUAGAUAUAGGUCAUUCCGAAUGUGUGGCAGUUCCAGUUAUUGAAGGUGUGACGAUGCUCAAUGAGUUCGAAUCGGCUCGAUCGAUUUGCGGACGACAAUUAGAACGAAGAGUUCGAGAAUUGUUAGAAAAAUACGGACAAAUGGAAGAGCUGAGUGGAGAAAGAAGAACGCUUACAGAAUCUGACUGGGAGGAUAUUGAUAGAAUUCGACUCAUCGAGACGCUCAGCUUAUCGUUGAUUUGUUUGGAUAAAGAAAGAGCUCAAAAGUGGAAAGAAUGGGAAGAAGCAGAAGGAGAAAAGCCAUCAAUCGAAAAUUUAUGCAAAGAAAAAACGGUUCCAAUCAACGGGAAAAGUAUUGUUGUGCCGCCCGUUGUUUUCGAAACGGCCAUUGAAAUUUUCUUCGACGAGUCACUAAACCCCAAUUCUUUCGACUUGAGUCUUCCGAAAAUUCUUCAUAAAGUAGUUUCAAAGUGUCCCAUCGAUAUCCGUCGGAAGCUAUUUCCCAAUAUUCUUCUUGCAGGCGGAGUUUCUACAAUUCCAGGGCUUAUGAAAAGAAUAGAGCAAGAAAUUAAUGAAAUUGACGAAAAAAACGGCACCAAGUAUACGGAAGUUGUGAAAUUCUAUCAAUUUUCUGAAAUCAAGAACUCUCCUCUAUUCGUUUCGUGGGUUGGAGCAAGUCUUCUUGGAUCUCUUCGAGAAACGAUUGAACGGAAGAGUCUGACAUUGGAACAAUGGAAAGCUGGAAAAUUGGCAGCCGAUUGGACUGAUAUGAUUGUAAAAGCCCGCUGA